AUGACAGACACAUAUAAUAGCAUAUCCAAUUUUAUAGAAAAUGAAUUGACCGCACUGCUGUCGAGUGAUGACUACCUCAUGGAUGACCUAGCAGGCGAAUUACCAAAUGAAGUGUGCAGAUUACUAAAGGCUCAAGUAAUUGAAAAGAGAAAGGAUGCCAUGAGCAGGGGAAAACAAGACUUACUGAGCAAAGAGAUAUACGAUAACGAGUCUGAAUUGAGAGCCAGUCAAUCGCAGCAGAUAAUGGAACUUGUUGGAGACAUACCAAAGUACUCUCUUGGAAGUGAACUAAGAAAUAGAGUUGAGGGUGAACCUCAGAGUACAUCGAUAGAGAGAUUAAUUGAAGAUGUGUUGAAGCUGCCGCAGAUGGAAGUAGCAGACGAAGAGGAAGUUGAAGUGGAAAAUGAUCUCAAAGUUCUAAGCGAGUAUAGUAAUUUAAGGAAAGAUUUAAUACUGAAAUGUCAGGCUCUCCAAAUAGGCGAAAGUAAAUUAUCAGAUAUUCUGAGCCAAACAAAUUCUAUAAAUUCUUUAACAACUUCCAUUAAAGAAGCUUCUGAAGAUGAUGAUAUCAGCGAGUACUUCGCCACUUACAAUGGGAAACUAGUAGUUGCGUUGGAAGAAAUGAAGCUAUUAUUGGAAGAGGCCGUGAAAACAUUUGGCAAUUCUCCGGAAAAGAGAGAAAAAAUAAAAAAAAUCCUAAGCGAGUUAAAGAAGUAA